AUGGAUCAUAUCAUAACAUUGUUUCUAGUGUUCGUUACAUUGUUACAAACGAAACCAAUCUUGUGCAAUAACGAACCUCUUAUUGUUGGGUACUAUGAAGAAUCGUGUCCGUUUUUGGAAGAGAUCGUUCGUCGUCAAGUGGAAAUCGCGGUUCUUCAAGAACCUCGAAUGGCCGCUUCACUUCUUCGCCUGCAUUUCCAUGACUGUUUCGUUUUGGGGUGCGAUGGUUCAGUUCUACUUGAUGAUUUCGAAGGUACAGAAAGCGAAAAGAAAGCCGCACCGAACACGAACUCGUUACGUGGAUUUGAAGUCAUUGAUGAGAUCAAGAACGUAGUUGAAGAUGCAUGUCCUUGUACAGUGUCGUGUGCCGAUCUUCUAGCAAUUGUUGCUCGUGAUGCUGUUGCUCUGACGGGUGGGCCCAAGUGGAAUGUGUAUUUAGGAAGAAGAGACUCCAUGAAAGCAAGCUUGGAUGAUGCAAAUAAGUUCAUCCCUACUCCAAAUUCUUCUUUAGAAACCCUAAUUGCCAAUUUUGGAUCUCAAGGUCUUAAUGCUCAAGAUUUGGUUGUUUUAUCAGGUAGCCACACGAUUGGAGAGGCAAAAUGCACGAGCUUCAAGCAAAGAAUCUACGAUUACGAUGACUCAGAGGAAAGAUCAUACCCUCGUCAGUGGAAAAACGAUGAGUUUCGACGAGUAUUAAGAUCAAUAUGCCCAAGAUCAGGAAGAGACAACGCGUUGGCCCCACUAGAUUUCACGACCCCGGCUAGAUUCGACAAUCAAUACUUUCACAACAUUAAACUUGGACAAGGGCUCCUAGUUUCCGACAACGUGUUGGUUGCUGAAGACGUCGAAAGGGAAAUACGAGACGUCGUGUGGGCAUUUGCCUCAAACGAAGAGCAUUUUUUCACCUCGUUUGCAAACUCGAUGAUCAAGAUGGGGAAUAUACGUGUACUUACAGGACAACAAGGAGAAAUUAGGAAGAAUUGUAGGUUAAUAAACACCUAA